AUGUUUCCUAUAUUUGCCACUGUUACGUCCAUGCUCCUACCCAUAGUCUUUGCAAGCACACCACCUUCAGAUACGAGUCCUUCAUCCGCUCAGAUCAAGCUACACAUUCCCAGGUAUACCGAAUUCCUGAGCGCUAGUGACCCAAAUGAUCACCAUCGAGGUGAUUAUGACGUUUUCUUCAAUUUCACCAAAGAAGACUUGAAUAACCAUAAGAGAUAUGAAUUUGUGUGGACCACCCUUGAACAUGUGGAUACACCAGAGACAUUGUUGAUGACUCCUUAUUGGAAUAUGACUUGCUUCGCAUCCGCUAGUGAACCUUUCAAGGACGCUGCCGCAUUCACUCUGAUGGAAAAGAAACCCUGGAUCAAAGUAGAUCAUGCUAAACCCUGGGCUGGCAUUUCCUGUAUAGCUCCCAAAUGCUUGGCUACUGCAUGCAGGGCUCAAGCAACACCAGUCAUUGACACUGUCAGUAUCUGA